AUGGAUUUUCUUCAGCGCCUUGCGCGGUUCCUGGACCGCCCGCUGUUCCCGUGGAAGAAACUAAUCAUCGGCUUCUCCGUCGGCCAAUACGUCUUUGAGGCGCUCCUUGGCUACCGGCAAUACAAGAUCCUACAAAAGACGAAGCCGCCCAAGGUGCUGGAACACGAGGUGUCGCAAGAGGUCUUCGACAAGAGCCAGGCCUACGGCCGCGCCAAGGCAAAGUUCACCGGCUUCAACGGUCUCUACGGACAACUUCAAAAUCUCGCAUUCUACCACUUCGACGUACUCCCGAAACUCUGGUCAUGGACAGGCGAUCUUCUUCUCCGCUUCGCGCCCAAGGGCUUCACUGGCGAGAUCUCGCACUCGAUCGUCUUCAUUCUGUCGUUUAUCCUCAUCAACCAGGUCCUCUCGCUGCCGUCUAACAUCUACAACACGUUCGUUCUGGAAGAGAAAUUCGGCUUCAACAAGCAGACUCCCAAGCUAUUCGUUGUCGAUAUGAUCAAGACCAACCUCCUGGCUUUCGUCCUGACUCCUCCCAUUCUCUCCGGCUUCCUUGCGAUCAUCCAGAAGACUGGUAGCCAGCGCACUUCUUUUACAUCUUCGCUCUCUUGCUCGGUCUUUGUCAACAACAACUCUCUCUACUCGGACUUUGGCUUCACCAACCAACACCCUAUCAUCGUCGGGUUCCUCCUCUUUUCGGACAUUCUCGGUCCCCUUGACAACGUCAUCAAGCUAUUGAUGAACAUUCUGAGCCGCAAAUUUGAGUUCGAGGCUGACGGCUUUUGCCAACGGCCUCGGGUACAACACCGAGCUAGCUCGCUCGCAAUGAUCAAGCUGCAGAUUCAGAACCUGAGCACCAUGGAUGCCGACUGGAUGUUUGCUAGUUACCACUUCUCGCACCCUAUCCUAUCGGAGCGCUUGAAGGCCCUGAACUGGCAGCCUACCGAGAAAGUGGAGGUGAAGGGUGGUGACAAGGAGGCGGCCAAGGAGGAUGUUGCGACUGCAACUGGCAGAGACGAGUUGUAG